AUGACCCCGCCCCAUUCUCCCGCUUUCCAUCACCCCGCCCCAUUCUCCCGCUUUCCAUCACCCCGCCCCAUUCUCCCGCUUUCCAUCACCGCGCCCCAUUCUCCCGCUUUCCAUCACCCGGCCCCAUUCUCCCGCUUUCCAUCACCCCGCCCCAUUCUCCCACUUUCUAUCACCCCGCCCCAUUCUCCCGCUUUCCAUCACCCUUCCCCAUUCUCCCUCCUUCCAUCACCUCGCCCCAUUCUCCCUCCUUCCAUCACCCCGCCCCAUUCACCCGCUUUCCAUCACCCCCUUUCCAUCACCCCACCCCAUUCUCCCUCCUUCCAUCACCCCGCCCCAUUCUCCCGCUUUCCAUCACCCCGCCCCAUUCUCCCGCUUUCCAUCACCCCGCCCCAUUCUCCCGCUUUCCAUCACCCCGCCCCAUUCUCCCUCCUUCCAUCACCCUGCACCAUUCUCCCUCCUUCCAUCACCCCGCCCCAUCCUCACGCUUUCCAUCACCCCGCCCCAUUCUCCCGCUUUCCAUCACCCCGCUUCAUUCUCCCGCUUUCCAUCACCCCGCCCCAUUCUCCCGCUUUCCAUCACCCCGCCCCAUUCUCCCGCUUUCCAUCACCCCGCCCCAUUCUCCCGCUUUCCAUCACCCCGCCCCAUUCUCCCGCUUUCCAUCACCCCGCCCCAUUCUCCCGCUUUCCAUCACCCCGCCCCAUUCUCCUGCUUUCCAUCACCUCGCCCCAUUCUCCCGCUUUCCAUCACCCCGCCCCAUUCUCCCGCUUUCCAUCACCCCGCACCAUUCUCCCACUUUCCAUAACCCCGCCCCAUUCUCCCUCCUUCCAUCACCCCGCCCCAUUCUCCCGCUUUCUAUCACCCCGCCCCAUUCUCCCGCUUUCCAUCACCCUGCCCCAUUCUCCCUCCUUCCAUCGCCUCGCCCCAUUCUCCCUCCUUCCAUCACCCCGCCCCAUUCACCCGCUUUCCAUCACCUCGCCCCAUUCUCCCGCUUUCCAUCACCCCGCCCCAUUCUCCCGCUUUCCAUCACCCCGCCCCAUUCUCCCGCUUUCCAUCACCUCGCACCAUUCUCCCGCUUUCCAUAACCCCGCACCAUUCUCCAUCUUUCCAUCACCCCGCCCCAUUCUCCCGCUUUCCAUGACCCCGCCCCAUUCUCCCGUUUUCCAUCACCCCGCCCCAUUCUCCCGCUUUCCAUCACCCCGCCCCAUUCUCCCUCCUUCCAUCACCCCGCCCCAUUCUCCCGCUUUCCAUCACCCCGCCCUAUUCUCCCGCUUUCCAUGA